AACGGGGAAUGUCGGAUGUACGAGAAAACGAGACACGACCACGCCAGCGUGUCGCUAGCUCCACCCAUAGACACGCUCAGGCGAAACGGGACGCUGGUCGGUCUCGCAGCCACCUCGGCUUCGGCGACUUUGCCCGGCAGCGCAGGAACCUCGUCGGGCUAGCUGAGCCUGCUGUUAGAAAGAGAAACGAAGAAGGAAAGAGAAGACAGCCCGAUAGAGAGGGAGAUCGUACGGUUGGGAGUGUGUUGAGCGUGAGGGGUGGGGGUGCCGAAAUCGUGCGGCAGGGAUCUUCGCAUGAAGGAAGGCAGACUCUGAUGGUCAAUCGGGCGCCGCGCACCGCAGCAGUGACGCGUCACUGCACCCCUGUUUUCGAGUUGCACGUGUUUCUUUCCUCUUCACCGACGCUCACGUUCAAUUGUCCUCUUCUAGUUUUCCUUGGUCAGCUUGCCGCGAUAACGACCGAUAAACACAGUAUACGAGACUCGCCCGCCCGAAAAUACCGAAAUAGUCGUUGCCGAUGGUAGAGAGCAACGUUGUUCUCGCGACGCGGUCAUUCUAUCACGUUCCGUCGAACCUCGUCUCCGAUCGCAGACCACGGGUCUCGUUCGUGUUUCUGUGAACGACGAAUCGUUCAUCGUCAUUGUCGUCGUCGUUGUCGUUCCGUGGUUGUCGAUUUUCCCUGUGCCGAUUUGCAACACAGGAGGCAAUCUUCGUUUUAGAUCGAUUCGCAGCUAAGCUGCAGUGGUGAAUUCCGUUACGAGCAUUUCGCGCCACUUCCGUUUUAAACUGUGCAAUUCUCAGUGAUCAGUGAGACCGUUUCCAAGAAGAUCUACGAUACGUACAGCGAGAUUCGUCUGUUUUCGAAGUCGUGGCGAAUCGAGCCGCUCGAAUAGUUCCGCUGGUCGAGCUGCGUUCAAAAAGUGUUGUGAACAUCCCGCGGAGACACGUAGCUGCGGAUUGUGCUUUUAGCUGGUGACUGGAUCCGGCCUGACCACGGCCAUUCUCGACACGAGGAGGACUUGAUGCACGGGGGUGGUGCGGGUAUUGGCGGGGGUUCUAUGGUCGGACAGAACUCAAUAUUUGGGUGCUCGGCUGCAGGACACAGCGGGGUUAACCAGCUUGGCGGUGUUUACGUCAACGGCCGACCAUUACCAGACUCGACAAGGCAGAAGAUCGUCGAACUGGCCCACAGUGGUGCUAGGCCCUGCGACAUCUCGCGCAUACUGCAAGUCAGCAAUGGAUGCGUUUCCAAGAUCCUCGGCAGGUAUUACGAGACUGGUUCGAUCAAACCACGUGCAAUCGGUGGUAGCAAGCCACGCGUAGCGACCACACCAGUGGUGAACAAAAUUGCCGACUACAAACGAGAAUGCCCGUCGAUUUUUGCCUGGGAGAUCCGUGAUCGACUGCUGCAGGAAGGUGUUUGCAACAACGACAACAUUCCAAGCGUGUCGUCCAUCAACAGGGUGCUGAGGAACCUGGCCUCGCAGAAGGAGCAACAGGCUGCGGCGGUGCAGGCGCAUCAGGGUGCCGAGAGCGUGUACGAUAAGCUUCGGAUGUUCAAUGGGCAGGCUGCAGGCUGGCCACCGGCUUGGUAUUCCGCUACGCCCUCUCAUCAUCCCUUGGCCACUGGAAUUCCAACGGCAGCGACCCCCGGCUCUGGCCAGUCGCUGCUGCCCGGCAGCCAGCUUCAUGGUCGAGACGAUUCUCUGCUCAAACGAAGCGAUACAGGUUCUUUGUUGUCGCAUCAGCAAGAAACAACGUCAGAUGGAAAUUCGGAGCACAACUCGUCCGGCGACGAGGACUCGCAAGUUCGACUGAGGCUAAAACGAAAGUUGCAGCGCAACCGAACAUCCUUUUCCAACGAGCAGAUCGACAGCCUCGAGAAAGAAUUCGAGCGGACACAUUACCCGGACGUGUUUGCACGGGAGCGUCUCGCUGAGAAGAUUGGAUUGCCUGAGGCACGUAUCCAGGUGUGGUUCAGUAAUCGCAGGGCGAAGUGGCGUCGAGAGGAGAAAUUACGGAACCAAAGGAGAGCAGCCGUCGAUCAGGUAGUCGGCGGAGGCAGCAGCGGGGGUGGUAGCAGCACCGCGCCCCCAGCUGCGACCCCUGCCACGCCACGGUUACCCUUAAACGCCGGAUUCAACGCCAUGUACUCGUCGAUACCGCAGCCGAUCGCUACGAUGCCUGACACUUACAGCUCGAUGUCGAGCAGCUUGGGCGGGUCAAUGGGUGGAAGCUGUCUUCAGCAGCGCGCCGAGGGAUAUCCGGCGUACGUGUUCCACGAGCCUCUUCACUCUCUGACGCAGUCUUACUCCCACGCACACAGCACUGCUGCGCACUCGCAACCCCAUCGUGGUAUACCGACCUCUCAUGGUGGAACCCCCACCACGCCAGGAGGACAGCCUGCAGGACCAGGUGGUGCACCCUACCAGCCGACGACCUCGACCGCGACUGGUGUGAUAUCGGCUGGCGUCUCGGUUCCCGUGCAGAUCCCGUCUCAAACACCAGACCUGACCGGCAACUAUUGGCCGAGGCUCCAGUGAUCCCAGCUCUUCGGGUUCCCGCCCGCGAGCUUGCUCGUCGGCCAGGAGAGCCCGCCGCCACCGACAGCCACCCCUGGUGCAGUGUCCCGGCCGCUGCUCGCUUCCCUCGGGAUACCGACGCAGCCAGCGCAGCAUCAGCCUUCGAACACACCGGCUACCACUCCCGUGCACACCUCCGACACCAGUGAGUGAACCAACCGAUCAAUCUCUUCGGACGCUCUCUUGCAGAGAUGGUCGCGCGCGCGAUACUCGAUCACACGAGACGGUUCGUUGCCGUACGGCGAAUCGCCGACCUCGAUCACUGCGUUCAUCGCGAUCGCGUCAUGAUGGCGCGCGAUGACAUUCGAACGAGAUAAUCGACGACGCUUGUUCAGCGUCGCCCCGAACACACGUGGAUUGUGACUUUGCAAGUUCAGCGGGUCAGCAGUGUUCCUAGAUGGAUCUUUUUCUUUUUUGUUUUUAAAUUAAUAUCAAAGUAACUUUUUUUUUCAUACGUUAUGAUCUUAUUCUUACGUAUACGGCACUGCUACGCUAUAAAAUUGUUUUCUUUUUCUGGAUCGAUUAAUGAAUGUAUUUAUUUACUGGUUGAUUCUUCGGCGUUGUAUGAUAAUGUGUUAUUAAAAAUAUAGAGUGAAGAGUUUUUUUCGUUGUUUCAUAUUGCAAUAUUUUAGGUUCGUGUUUUAUGUGAAUUAUUAUGGGAAUUUGUUUUCGAGUUUCAUAUUAUGAAUAUGAUUUUAAUACAGUUUAACUGUUCUCUUUUAUUUAGCCGAUGUACAUAUUCGUUUGUUCUCUUCGUUGCAGUAAGUAAACUGGCUAGGACGAGAAGUACUUGCUAUAUCUGUCUUACUUAACAGUUUGGGACGUAUAAAUACCGAUUAGCAAUGUUCGUGUUCGAUAUCCUCGAUAUUCGAUACGAUGAUCUAACGUAUCCGAUUUUCUAUUGUUUCGAAUUUAGAGGUACCGCACGUAAUCUAGUUUAUCGAGAAAAUAAAAACAAAGAAUCAACGUUUCAGCCAUAAUUCGUUUUCAAAGAGUUGCGUUCUCCCACUUUCUCAGAGUCACAGGGAAAGGGUUGCACGAAUGAGAUCAGGUAACCUGUUAAGGGACCAGCGCAACAGGAGUUGAAAAAAGGGAAUAAAAGGUUAACGAGUCCGCUUUAAUUCGAUUAAUUACCCGUUGGAAGCUUGCCAAAUCUCGACAACUAGCGGACACUGCUGAUCGUUACUUUGGGUCACCGAAAAAACAAGUACGCACACUCUCGUUCAGAAUUUGCGAUUAAACACCCUCGUAACGGAAAGUACGCGCGCGAAGCGUUCGUUGUUCCAUUGAAAUCGAAGAAUCCUUUGAAAUAUCUUUCGCUAUUUUAAAUACGAACGAUCGCAAAUUCUCGCGCACUUUGCGCGUUAACCUCUCGAGUCGGCAAAUUAUUAGGUCGGUAAUUAAUUCGUCUAAAUUCAGCAAGUUUCUUAACACUUUCGCCGACAUGUAGAUAUUUUUGCAACGUGCUUGAAAACCCAUUUCUAAUUGUUGUGUAGUAAUACAACGUGUACGAUAAGUAGAGUACCGUGUUACUGAAAUUAUUAUCUAGAUCCUAGAUGGUGGAUAUAUUAUGUAAAUUCAGAUUUCUAUGAACGCAACCAAAGACGAAAAACUUAUAUCCAAGAAAAUGUAUUUUUUCACAUUGUAUAGAUUUUUAUCAUAUUUGAAUUUUCCCAUAAACAUCCGCAGUAUCGUAUCGUAUCGUACAAUGUACUAAAUUUCGGUAUAUGAUCUUUAUUAAGAAACGAUUACAAUCGUUUUGCCCGCCAAAGUGUUAACAAAUACGUACAGACAAACGAUAAUGUAUUAACAAACUGAUACGUAUACAUCGAAUUGCCAUAAACGAUAAAGUUAUGACGACGUACGCUUCUUGUACCUACGCGAAACUGAUUUGAGGGGUUAAUGAACAUUCAUUGCGUGAGAAACUGCACGUAAGCUUAAACUUCUUCAAACAGCUGUUUACUUGGUACAUUUUAAUGUCGGAAAAUCGCGUCGAUCGUCGCGCGAACGCGAUGUAUCAAAGAUCGAGGCGGACGCUCAUCGUCCUUUCUUCGAAUCGCGUUUAAUCUAGUGGUCAUAGACGUAUACGCAUGACCCGGGUCACGCAGGGUAUAUUAUCCAUCUACUCACGACAGUGUACAAAUGAACGUAUCGGCGUCGAACAUGUUCGUUAGACGAUCCAAUGUACGAAAUGCUACAAGUAUAUCGUAUUGCAAUAUACAUUUAAAACAUAAUAUUUGAAAUUUUAUAUACCAGCGAACGAACAUCAACGAAGUAGAUUAUCUAUUGUAUAUAAGUAGCAUGGUGUUAAUAUUUUCUUUGUUGUUUGUCUGGAUAAAUUUUCAAAUUUGGAAAUUUUAAGUUGAAGAAUGACUUCGUUGCUUAUGAGUACCGUUUCGAGGAAACAGAGUGUAACACAUUCGCUGCUACUGACGCAUAUGUUACGUCAAAUAAGUUAGUAGCUGCUAAUUGUUGCAUUUUAGUUUCUCGACGGAAUCGUUUAGAAAGAUGAACAAGAUAGUGACGUAUUGGAAGAAACGCAAUUUUGUUUGUAACGCAGAUGUUUCUUACGAAAAAGGAAAAUAUGAAUCGAAGGGUAAACUGGCGUAUUAUAGUAACAGCGAAUGUAACGAUCGAUAGCGACAGUUUCCUUAAUUUUAUGCGGACUGUGAACUUAAAACGAUUGAAAAGCCGGAAUCUUCGACAAAAGUUCAAACUAUUAAUCCAAAUUAGAUAUAGGCCAGUGAAGUGGAACCAAUUUGAAAGUAAAAAUCCUUUAAAAAUCUAUCAUUGUUUCAGAAAUCUGGAUAUCUGAAAAAAUCUAACGAAUUCGAAUAGAAUCUAUGAUAUUUCGAAAUGAAAUAAAAUAUCCUUAUUUCAACUAUUCUAAAAGAAGUAUAUCUUUUUACUCGUAGCAUGAAAAUAAUUUCAAACUUCCAUUUGUGUAUUGUUAUCGUUUACUACGGGCGUUCUUAUAUCUCUCGAUCGAUGACUGGCAAGAUUCGUUUAUCGAAUUUUUCACGCGUGGCUGUGGUACGCAUGACAGCCGAGCGAUUCGCGUGGAAAUUUCGAGGGAUUCGAAGACAGAGGCAGGAAGGGCGGGCAUCCGCUGCAAAUAUUCUCGCGAGACUUUAGGGUGGCUCUGGCCAAGCUGGCUGCCUUUGUAAGGGUGGGAGCUGCGGGGAUUGAUAGCUACCUCGAGGGUGGCUUUUUUCGCCGGCCGGCCAUCACGCUUGCUCGCAGAUAUGGCGUCGGCUGACAACGUUCCACCAGCCAGAAACUUGCUUCGGAAAAGUGACUGCUUACGAGAUCGAACUUCCCUCGUCGAGUGGAAAUUCGUAGAGAAGUUCCGCGAAAGUCGUGGAGAACGUUUUUGUAGCGAUAAAGAUUUUCGUUCAUCGUAAACGAUAAAGAAAUUCAUUUCUCUUUGUUUUUUUUCUUUUUUUUUUCUAAGAAAUGUUUCAUUUCUAUCGUUGGAUUUGCAUCGCGACACGUUAUGUUUUUGACAGUGUAACAUGCUUUAAAGCUUUCGAUACUUAUUUAAGAGAUUAAUCGUUAGUCAUCUUUGGUCUUUCAUCGAAUCAAUUUUUUAACCAUAGCUAACACUAUAAACGACAAAAUGUAACGAAAUAAAAAUCAGUAUUUUUUUACGUUUGAAAAAAUAUUCAUUGUAUCUUGCACCCUUGCAUGACCAGCAAUCUUUGUAGAUACUUUUCUAACGAGGUUCGAAAAGUGUGUAACUCUUUUGUUGUGUAACUUCCCUUUGAAUCUAUGGACGGGAUAUCUUGCAAGGCGAUGUUUAAAAAUUUGGUUUAUGCCAAAAGUUUAUUCCAAAAAGUUGUAAACGGUGGGAAUCUCAGCCAAAUCGUCGUAAAGUACUUAACGACGUUAACUAUAAUUAAACGUUGGAUAUGUAUUUUCACAUAUUUUUAAAAC